GGAUAGUGAAGAAGCGAUGGGUGGGGGUGGGCCAAGCAUUCUCAAGCAGGAUUUCCAGGGAGAAACAUCCUACAGCAGCUACACAAGCCUUUCAGCAGCAGUACGCUGAGGAUAAGCCCACAGGCGCUACACAGAUUACAAACUCACAGUGCCAGCACGCAGGUUGUCUCUGACCAUCAAGAUUGGGAGAUGCUGCCAGCUCAAGGGAGGACCAUCUGUCUAAGGAGGCAAUGCAUUGUUGUAUUUUCUGUCACGCUGUGUAUACUGCUUUUUUCAAUAUCUUGGCACAACUAUAAGGGAACAGAAUGGCAUUCGUUUACUAUCUUUUCCUGCAAACAAGAUAUCUCCAUGGAAGAUCUCAGAAGAGAAAUGAUACUUUACAGUUAUAAAAACAGCUCCAGAAGACUGCCUGUAAACUUAUUUCAGGAUGUGAAACUUCAGAGAAUGCAAUAUGACAAGCCCGACGCCCUCAAACCACCGAGAGCAGAUGUGCUGAUGGUAACGCCUUGGUUUGCACCUAUUGUUUGGCAUGGAACGUUUAACAGAGAUAUACUGAAUGCGCAAUUCCAUCAGAUCAAUGUCCGCGUUGGUCUAACUGUGUUUGCUAUUAAAAAAUACAUAAUGUUUUUAAAAACAUUCAUUGAAACGGCUGAAAAGUUCUUCAUGGUGGGCCACAAGGUCAACUAUUACGUGUUCACCGAUCAUGCCAACGACACCUUUAAUUUCACUCUUGCCGAGGGGAGACAACUGGUCAUUCUGGGAGUACCCGCCUACAAAAGGUGGCAGGAUGUCACCAUGAGGCGGAUGGAGAUGAUACGAGACUUUGCUACGAAGCGGUUUAUCAAUGAAGUAGACUACUUGGUGAGCGUGGACGUAGACAUGGCUUUCUACGAUGAUGUUGGGGUGGAGAUCCUAAGUAACGUCUUUGGGGCUUUACAUCCAGGUUUCUUUAUGGCAUCGAAUAAGCAGUUUACCUACGAGCGAAGGCCACAAUCCGUGGCCUACAUUCCAUCUGGUUUUGGUGACUUUUAUUAUGCUGGAGGAAAUUUCGGUGGUAUCAUAGAAGAGGUCAUCAAAUUGACAAAUUACUGCCACAAUUCCAUGAUGAUGGACAAAGAGAAAAACAUUGAGGCUCUUUGGCAUGAUGAGAGUUAUUUAAACAAAUAUUUUUUAUCCCACAAGCCAACAAAAAUCCUCUCUCCCGAAUAUAUUUGGAACGAUUACUAUGGAUCUCCGGCUGCUUUAAAAACCAAGAGGUUUGCUGGUAUAGAGAAAAAUUACAAUGAAGUCCGAUUCAGAUGAGAACUCAAUGACCAAGAGAUAAAAAAAAGCUUCUAAUGCAUGAUCGCUAUGACAGAGGGUGGAAAUAGGAAUUUUUUUAUUUAUGUUCCUCCAGUAGACCAAAAGACUGCUCAUGAGCUAUUCCUCAAUUGUACAAUGAAAAAUCACAGAUGCCAUUUUUUGUGUGUAUUUAUUUAAUAUUUUUAUAGGUCCCCUCUAAUAUUAUGCCCCUUGUACAAUUUGUCUGCACAUUUUGAUCCACCCAGUUAGAUUUAUUGUAGCUUCUACCAUGGAAAAGUGGAGGUGUUUACCAUUGCAAACAAUAAGAUUCUAGCUAACAUUUAUCUAGUUCAGUCUAGAAAAUGAUAUCUAAGAUCUGAUUGGUUGCUUUGGGCGCUAAACAGGGGGCGUCAUUCAGAUCUGGGGAUAGGGGGGAUUGCACAUCAGCAUCACACCUUGCUGAAUCGGUAAGCCGGUCCCUCAUCCAGCACCAUCUUCCCAGAGGUAUUCAGGAAGUUAGAACAUUUGCACUAGGGAGCACAGGGAAGAUGGCGCCGUGGAGGAGGAGGGAACCGCUUCCCGGAACAAGGAAAGUAUACUGGAUGGGCGGCCCUCUUACAUGCCUAAAUACUUAGUACCCGGUACCCCAUGCCCUCUCUUGGCACCAAUGAACAUAAUUUAGCAUUUAUGAUGCUUGCAAUGUCCAAGGUAGAGAGAGAACUACAACGUAGAUCUUUGGGGCAGUUACACACUAGGCCCAGAAAGUUCCAGCAUGCACUUCCGGCUGUAAGAAAUUGCAGGACUUGUUGUAGCCAAGCCUGUGGUCAUAUGCCAAUGGGAAUAUCAGGCUCCCUCUGUAGAAAAAGAUAUUUGGGGCGCAUGGGGAAUUCAAGAACUUGGGACAUAUGUUAACUUGUAUACAGUGUAUUGUAGUGAGAGGAGCAUGUGGGGCAAAUGUCGUGCUUUGUAGCGCACAGUGACUCUUCAUGGCGCCGUGCAUAGUGAUUUGGACUUUAAAAAAAAAAAAAUUCUCGGAUGGGGGCUUGGCACCUCCCAGAUUUGGCAAAGCCCGGGUUGAUGAUUCAACGGCCCUGUGCGCUAAACUGUAUAUCUUUCUUACAUUUGAUCACAGGCUAAACACACAAAGUCAUAUAAAGGUCAACAAAGCCCAUGAAAAUAGAGGAGAAAGCAAACCCAGCUGAAUAUCAGGACUUUAUUCAACAUUUGAAUGUUUAGUUUUGACUGUUUAUCAAAUUGGCGUGACUUGUUAUUGCUUAAAAAGGAAGGCGUACAGUACUUUAUGAUUAUUUUUAUACAGUUAAUUUUAUAUUGCAAAUUACAUGUUUCUUAAUAAAGGUUGCUCAUUGUAUAAAUAAA